GGAGCCUGCAUGUUCUUUCCCAAGUCUUGGGGAUUUCUACCGCGUUACGCUUGGAGCCUAUGCGCAGAAAAAGAUGGUGAACUAACGGUUUUAGUUGUUGCUUCAUAACUUGUAAACUUAUCACCGCCGUACCUGCUUUUUGUUGCUAUUGUAUUGGGAGAUUUUCUUUGGAGCAACCGGUUCCAUACGCACAGCGUUAACGAACGGAUUCGUGCGCUGUGUGGUUUUUAGAGAAGGAUUUUUGUGAUAGUGGGACUAGUGUCGCUCAGCGGUGAAGCGCAAUCAUGGAGGGAUCAUUUGGAUGUAUUUGGGCGAAAAGACUUUCGGUAUUUGUCUGGUUAUGCUAUCUCGCCGGCGAUUCAACAUCAUAUAGUGCAGAGACCUCAUCGUCAUCUCCGUCCCAGACAGGCCAGGUGUUCGUGGACUUCAGCUUGGUUCUGGAACCCCAGGACACGGUGACAUUACGGGGCGGUGUUCUCCAGCUGGACUGCGAGGCUCAGUCAGAUCAGGGUAUUCCAGUUAUCGUCUGGAAGAAGGACGGGGUGCUGCUCAGCGCCGUGGUGGACGAGAGGAGACAGCAGUUCCCUAACGGGUCUCUAGUGGUCCAGAACGUGGUUCACUCACGACACCACCGACCUGACGAGGGGUUCUACCAGUGUCUGGCAGCGCUGGAGGGAGUGGGGGCCAUAGUCAGUCGCACGGCUAAAGUCACAGUCUCUGGUCCGUUGAAGCUGGUGGUCCCUACAGAGUCAGUGUCCUCCUACCUGGGUGACACGGCCCUGCUGCGCUGUGAGGUGACUGGUGAUCCCAUGCCCGUGGUACGCUGGCAGAAGAACAGAGAGGACCUGCCACUCACCUUAACCCCAGAUAGCAGGGUCGUGGUACUGCCCUCCGGCUCGCUCCAGGUUAGCAAGGUUCAACCACCAGACUCUGCCACCUACCGCUGCCUGGCAGACAACCCUGGCAGCGCCCGCACCGGCAGUGACGCAGACCUACGAGUGUUGCCAGAGCCUGGAACCACCAGGGGCCUUCUGUUUCUCCAGCAGCCCCAGAGAGUCACCUCCCUCCUGGGGAGAGAUGCUGUGUUGGAGUGCUCCGCUUCGGGGUUCCCCACCCCCGCCUUCCACUGGAUGAGAGGCACUGAGAUUAUCCAGAGCAGGUCGAAGAAGUACUCCCUGCUGGGCGGCAGUAACCUCCUGAUCAGCAGUGUAACAGAUGAUGAUUCAGGCUCCUACAGCUGCGUGGCGUUUAACAAGAACCAGAACAUCACGGCUUCCUGCGAGCUGUCCGUUCUCGUGCCACCCCAGUUCCUGAACUACCCCACCAACACGUAUUACCCCAGUUCCUGACAUGGAGAGCUGGAGCUGUGUGCUGUAACGGGAAACCCUCCUCCUACGGUGCGCUGGAUGAAGAACGGAGAGGAGGUCAUCCCCAGUGACUACUUCCAGAUCGUUGAUGGCAGUAACCUCCAGAUCCUUGGUCUGGUGAAGUCAGAUGAAGGUUUCUAUCAGUGUGUGGCUGACAACGAAGCAGGGAACGCCCAGGCUAUGGCCCAGCUCAUACUGAGAGAGUCAGUUGUCCCCAGCUCAGGUGUCCUCCUCCCCUCUGCUCCCCGUGACGUGGCCCCUGUCCUAGUGUCCAGCCGUUUUGUCCGCCUCAGCUGGCGCCCCCCGCAGGAGACCAGAGGAACUGUCCAGACUUACGGCAUCUACUACUCCCAGGACACAGUCAACAGGGAGAGGUCUGUGAACGUGUCGGAGCCAGAGACCCUCCAGUUGACUGUCAGUAACCUGAAGCCAGAGGAAACCUACUCCUUCAGAGUGGUGGCCUACAACGACAACGGGCCUGGAGAGAGAUCCGAGACACUCAAACUCACCACGCAGCCAGAGUUGCUGGUCCCCGGGCCGGUGGAGAACCUCCAGGUAGAGUCCAUCUCCCCCACCUCCAUCCAGGCCUCCUGGGACGCCCCGGUCUACGCCAACGGGCCCCUGCUGGGGUACAGACUGCUCUGGACUGAGACACCCUCCGGCAAGGAACAGAGUGUGGAGGUGAACGGGCAGAGUUAUAAGAUGGAGGGACUUCAGAAGUUCACAGAGUACUCGUUAUGUGUCCUGGCGUUGAACCGCUACGGCCCUGGGAUCAGCACAGAGGACAUGAGCAUCACCACGCUUUCUGAUGUACCAAGUGGCCCUCCACAGAACAUCUCCUUGGAAGUAGUUCUGUCAAGAAGCAUUAAGGUGAGCUGGCAGCCCCCUCCUCCCAACAGCCAGAACGGGUUCAUCACCGGCUACAAGCUCCGACACCGGAAGACCGGCCGACGAGGAGACCAGGAGGCCAUCGAACCUAACAACUUCUGGUACCUGUUCACAGACCUGGAGAAAGGCAGUCAGUACAGUUUCCAGGUCUCUGCCAUGACAGCUAACGGCACGGGCCCGGCCAGCGAGUGGUUCACCGCCGAGACGCCAGAGAAUGACCUUGACGAGAGCCAAGUCCCGAACCAGCCGAGUUCCCUCCACGUCCGACCCCUGCCCAACAGCAUCAUCAUGAGCUGGACUCCUCCCCUCAACCCCAACAUUCUAGUACGGGGCUACAUCAUUGGCUACGGAGUAGGAAGUCCCUACGCCGAGACGGUCAGGGUGGACAGUAAGCAGCGAUACUACGCCAUAGAAAACCUGGAGCCCAGUUCCCACUAUGUCAUCUCGCUAAAGGCGUUCAACAAUGCAGGAGAGGGUGUCCCCCUGUAUGAGAGUGCUGUGACCAGGUCUAUAACAGACCCCAUUGAUCCGUCAGACGACGAUCUGUUCCAUCUGUUUGAUAAAUAUCCUACUCCCAUGCCAGAUACGUCCACCCCCAUGAUCCCCCCAGUAGGUGUCCAGGCCGUGGCCCUGACCCCAGACUCUGUCAGGGUCAGCUGGGCAGACAACUCCAUGACCAAGAACCAGAAGACCACUGAGGUUCGCUACUACUCCGUCAAGUGGAAGACCAGCUACUCUACUAGUGGGAAGUUCAAGUCUGCAGACACUACAGCCCUCAGCCACACCGUCACUGGCCUCAAACCCAACACCAUGUACGAGUUUGCUGUCAUGGUCACCAAGGGCCGUAAGUCCAGCACGUGGAGUAUGACAGCUCACGCUACUACGUACGAAGCAGCUCCCAGCUCCGCCCCUAAGGACCUGACGGUGAUCAGCAGGGAGGGAAGACCCAGAGCCAUCCUGAUCAGCUGGCAACCCCCCAUGGAGGCUAACGGACGAGUCAUGGGCUAUAUCUUGUACUACACCCUGGAUAAGAACAUGCCUAUAGAUGACUGGGUAAUGGAGAGUAUCAGUGGAGACCGUCUGACCCACCAGGUGAUGGACCUAAACCUGAACACCGUCUACUACUUCAGGAUCCAGGCUAAGAAUGCCAAGGGAGUGGGUCCCCUGUCAGACCCCAUCCACUUCAGGACCAACAAAGUGGAACACCCAGACAAGAUGGCUAACGAUCAAGGUCGCCAUGGAGACGGAAGCUACUGGCCCUCUGACAACAACCUGAUUGAUAGACCAUGCAGUCUUCCAGAGUUAUCUAGCACCCCCAUGGACAUGAGCAGCGAGCAGUGUGAGAAUGACAUUGGUCAGAUGCGUCCUCCUCACGGCAGUGUGACGCCCCAGAAGAACAGCAACCUCCUGGUCAUCAUCGUGGUCUCCGUGGGAGCCGUUACUGUGGUAGUGGUCAUCAUAGUAGCGCUCAUAUGCACCAGGCGCUCCUCCGCACAACAGAGAAAGAAGCGUGCCACUCACAGUACCGGGAAGCGAAAAGGUAGUCAGAAGGACCUGAGACCUCCAGACCUGUGGAUCCAUCAUGAGGAGAUGGAACUGAAGAACAUUGAGAAGCCUACCAGUGCCGCCCCCUCUGGAUGUGAUUCGCCCAUCCAGGGUUCCAUCCAGGAAAUCCGGUCUCAGUCUGUCAGUCACAGCCAAUCAGAGAGUCAGAUGGGAAGCAAGAGCAGCCACUCAGGUGUGGACAAUGAUGAGGCUUCCAGCUGCAUCUCUACGUUAGAGCGCUCCCUAGCUGCCCGGAGGGCAACACGUACCAAGCUGAUGAUCCCCAUGGACUCUCAGCCCAGCAACACCCCUGUAGUCAGUGCCAUCCCAGUGCCAAUUCUGGAGAGCAGUCAGUACCCUGGCAUCCUGCCCUCGCCCACCUGCGGGUACAACCAUGGUACUCUGACCACCCACCCCAAGUUCACCCUGAGACCCAUGCCCUUCCCCAGCCUCACCGUGGACCGAUGCUACGCAGCAGCGAUGUCAACAGAGGGUUCCACUCUGCUGGGGGUUCAGCAGCAGCAGCAGCAGCAACAUACUCUGAUUACCAGCAGCAGCAGUCAGCCAGGUGUAGGAGGAGCAGGAGGUGGAGGUGAGCUUUCUCUCCCUGGCACAGAAGAGGUAGGGGCCACCUCUACCCGUACCAUCCCCACCGCCUGUGUCAGGCCCACGCACCCCCUACGAAGCUUCGCCAAUCCCCUCCUGCCUCCACCCAUGGGGACCAUCGACCCCAAGGUCUACACACCCAUGAUGCCACAUUCAAGUGCCAGCCUUCCCAAGCCAACAGUAAAAACAGCAUCUCUGGGGCAAGUUGGCAAGGCCAGAUCACCACUACUACCGGUCUCCGUGCCAACAGCCCCCGAGAUGGGUGAAGAGGGACAGAAACAACCAGAAGACUCAGCCAAUGUUUACGAACAGGACGACUUGAGUGAACAGAUGGCGAGCCUAGAGGGACUCAUGAAGCAACUCAACGCCAUCACUGGCUCGGCCUUUUAACCCCAGCAGCCCUGGCAGAGAGUCCCACCCAGACAGUCCGUCAGACCUUAACAGCAGCAGCACAGACAGCAGAACCACAGUAUUACACCAUAGGGCAGGGCACAGAGAGGGGGGGUAUGGUUGCAGAACCUCAGAAACACAGAUACUUCUCCACCCCCCCCUCCCCCUCCCCCAAAUACUGUAACCAACCCUUCUAACAGACCUCUCUCUACCCCUAUAAAUACAGUAACCAACCCCCCUGACAGACCUCUCUCUACCCCUAUAAAUACAGUAACCAACCCCCCUGACAGACCUCUCUGUAAUCCCAAAACAUCAAGACUAACGAUUAAGGAGAAUCUAAAAGAUUUCCCUAGUGUUGAUUUCCCUUUAAAACACCACCUUUUGAGUUUUCAUUUAUCAGUGUUAAUUUUGGAGGGUUUCCUUAUGCGUUACUGGUGUAUUGGAUUGAACUUUGAACUGAAGGCACAAGUGUUACAGCUGGGUCUAUAGUAUUAGACCUUUGGAUUGGUUAUUAUCUCCAGACACCAACGUUUCCCCGACCCCUCGUUCACCAACGUUUCUCUGGACCCCUCGUUCACCAACGUUUCUCUGGACCCCUCGUUCACCAACGUUUCCCUGGACCCCUCGUUCACCAACGUUUCCCUGGACCCCUCGUUCACCAACGUUUACCCGGACCCCUCGUUCACCAACGUUCACCCGAACCCCUCGUUCACCAACGUUCACCCGGACCCCUCGUUCACCAACGUUCACCCGGAACCCUCGUUCACCAACGUUUCCCUGGACCCCUCGUUCACCAACAUUUCUCUGGACCCCUCGUUCACCAACGUUUCUCUGGACCCCUCGUUCACCAAUGUUUCCCUGGAACCCUUCGUUCACUAACGCUUCCCUGGACCCCUCGUUCACCAACGUUUCCCUGGACCCCUCGUUCACCAACGUUCAGCCGGACCGCUCGUUCACCAGUGCUUCCCUGGACCCCUCGUUCACUAACGUUUCCCUGGAACCCCUCGUUCACCAACGUUUCCCUGGACCCCUCGUUCACUAACACUUCCCUGGACCCCUCGUUCACUAACACUUCCCUGGGCCCCUCGUUCAUUAACGUUUCCCUGGACCCCUCGUUCACUAACACUUCCCUGGGCCCCUCGUUCACUAACACUUCCCUGGACCCCUCGUUCACUAACACUUCCCUGAACCCCUCGUUCACUAACACUUCCCUGGACCCCUCGUUCACGAACACUUCCCUGGACCCCUCGUUCACUAACACUUCCCUGGACCCCUCGUUCACGAACACUUCCCUGGACCCCUCGUUCACUAACACUUACCUGGACCCCUCGUUCACUAACACUUCCCUGGACCCCUCGUUGCCUGGUGAUGUUGUGAGACAACAUGGGAGGUCUCACAGUAACCACACCUUUACGGCGUUGAAACUUACACCAACUCCUUGUGAACCCGAGGCUGUCCAAAUAUGGACACCGCACACACGCUCCCUCUUCUCUUUCCUAAAACAGUGACACAGUCAGUGACCACAGCCUAGAACAUUCUACAGGCAGUGAGGAACACUGGUUAGGCCCCGGGUACUGGAUCAUCUCAAUACGGACUCUACAGAACCAAGUUCAGACUCUGGAAAGUUCUGGAUCCUUGUUCAGGUCCAUUUGUGUUGCUGCUCCUCAACUGAACGUCUGCCCUGAUUGUGUUGCUACCGUAUAUAACAACUACAGACAGCUGUUGAAAUCGUUAAAACAACACCAAGAAUUAUAACCAGGCGCUCCAGUCAAUGUAUGACGUACUUGGAACGUACUGGGAUUCAAGACAGUAUCAAAUGGUAUUUACAGGGGUUGGAAGGCUUUUGUAUGAACGUAUGUUAUUUACUCUGAACAAUCCAUUGUUUUGGUUAAUACCACCUUAUUCACAACAUACAGCGUCUUGUGCAUUAUUAAAACCCCGAGAGAUUUUUAUUUUUUGUUGUUGAUUAUGGCGGCGUUGAUGGUAUUGAUGAUUCGUCAUGUUAACAGUUAAGGUUUUCAUGAGACAGACACAUGUACCUCAGUUUGAGGUUGUACGGUUGACUGACUAACAAUGUGAUCACACAGGGGUUUGUUUUGGUCAUUUUUAUAUGAUAAACGAUUAUAUUAUUCCAUAUAGUAUAUUUUUACAUCUGCAGUUCUGUCAAAACUAUUUUUAAACCAAUUGAUUAAACCCUACUGGCUUCUAAUCUAGUUUUACAUUAUGGGGCUGCAUGGGUUGCUAUGCAUCACUGAGGAUAGAUACUGUACAUAACCUGAAGCCUUUUAUCAAAACAUGGCAUCAAUAUGUACCACUUAAGUGAUAAAUGAAUCAUUAAUCGCCAUGAAAAUAGGACAUCAAUAUUCGCAUGUUUGAUUCUGGUAACCCACGGUAACUGUGCUCCCUUUAUCAUUUGCAAGCCUCUAUAUUUCCCCCUCUGAAGAUGGAUUGACCCAGAGAGAUAAAGCCUUAGCUACAUUGUCAUUCAGAACAUGUUUAGAUUAGAACACAGGAGAUAAAGGGUUAGCUACAUUGUCAUUCAGAACAUGUUUAGAUUAGAACACAGGAGAUAAAGCAUUAGCUACAUUGUCAUUCAGGACAUGUUUAGAUUAGAACACAGGAGAUAAAGGGUUAGCUACAUUGUCAUUCAGAACAUGUUUAGAUUAGAACACAGGAGAUAAAGGGUUAGCUACAUUGUCAUUCAGGACAUGUUUAGAUUAGAACACAGGAGAUAAAGGGUUAGCUACAUUGUCAUUCAGAACAUGUUUAGAUUAGAACACAGGAGAUAAAGCAUUAGCUACAUUGUCAUUCAGAACAUGUUUAGAUUAGAACACAGGAGAUAAAGCAUUAGCUACAUUGUCAUUCAGAACAUGUUUAGAUUAGAACACAGGAGAUAAAGCAUUAGCUACAUUGUCAUUCAGGACAUGUUUAGAUUAGAACACAGGAGAUAAAGGGUUAGCUACAUUGUCAUUCAGAACAUGUUUAGAUUAGAACACAGGAGAUAAAGGGUUAGCUACAUUGUCAUUCAGAACAUGUUUAGAUUAGAACACAGGAGA